AUGGCGGUGUGGUGGGGAUCUCAGUUGAAUGUGUUUCCCGGAUCACCCUGUCCUAUCUUGUCCUUGGCCCCUGGAACGCACCAUCUACACCCUGCUCCUCCCAGCCCGGUCCUGUGGUCCUCCCGGCCCCCCACCACGUCUGCGGAGUGGGUGCCGGCCCCCUCCCCUGGGGGCACCAGUGAGGAGCUGAACGAGCCUCUGGACAAGCCUCUGGAGAACGAUGCGGAGGGCGUGUGGAGCCCCGACAUCGAGCAGAGCUUCCAGGAGGCCCUGGCCAUCUACCCGCCCUGCGGACGCAGGAAGAUCAUCCUCUCCGAUGAAGGAAAGAUGUACGGACGGAACGAGCUGAUAGCACGGUACAUCAAGCUACGCACAGGGAAGACACGGACAAGAAAGCAGGUGUCCAGUCACAUCCAGGUGCUAGCGCGACGGAAGGCCCGGGAGAUCCAGGUGAAGCUGAAGGACCAGCAUGCCAAAGACAAGGCCCUCCAGAGUAUGGCCACCAUGUCCUCUGCCCAGAUCAUCUCCGCCACCGCCUUUCAGAACAAGAUGGCUCUCCAGGGGCUGUCCAGGCCGCCGUAUGCCACUGCCGGCGGGUUUUGGCAUGGCGGCCUUCCAGGACAGCCUAGGGGUCCUGAAGACAUUAAGCCCUUUUCCCAGCAGAGUUACGCCAUGCAAGCGUCCGGCCCGCCCCCCAUAACAGGCUAUGAGAGCACGGCAGGCCUGUCCAUGUCGCCGGGCACCCCCCCGUGGCAGGGACGCAGUAUCGCCAGCUCCAAGCUUCGCAUGCUAGAGUUCUCUGCUUUCCUGGAGCAGCCUCAGGACCCAGAGACCUUUAACAAGCACCUGUUUGUGCACAUCGGUCAGUCCAACCCCACCUUCAGUGAUCCGUACCUGGAGGCAGUGGACAUCCGGCAGAUCUACGACAAGUUCCCUGAGAAGAAGGGAGGGAUGAAGGAGUUGUUUGAGAAGGGGCCGCCCAACGCUUUCUUCCUCGUCAAGUUCUGGGCUGAUCUGAGUGCCAACCUGCAGGACGACAGCAGUUUCUUCUACGGCGUGUCCAGUCAGUACGAGAGCUCUGAGAACAUGAUCAUCACCUCCUCCACCAAGGUCUGCUCCUUCGGAAAGCAGGUGGUGGAGAAAGUAGAGACGGAGUAUGCACGGUUUGAGAAUGGGCGGUAUGUGUUCAGAAUCCACCGGUCCCCACUGUGUGAAUACAUGAUCAACUUCAUCCACAAGCUCAAACACCUGCCAGAGAAGUACAUGAUGAACAGUGUACUGGAGAACUUCACCAUCCUACAGGUGGUGACCAACAGGGACACACUGGAGACCCUGCUGUGUAUAGCCUAUGUCUUUGAGGUGUCUACUAGUGAGCAUGGAGCCCAGCACCAUAUUUACAGGCUUGUCAAAGACUGAGAGAGCCCUGUGGACAGAGCACCACUAUAGCACAACAACAACAAACCCAACAUUGGACAAUCUCCUCUAUAAGCUGCAAGCACCAUACGAUUGUCUGUCAGGACCCAAAGAAGCACUAGGAGAGUUGCUUGCCCAGUGAAACUACUGUGGAAGAGGUGGAUUGAGAGCAAGAGUGAACUUUACAACUGUGUGAUGUGAAAGUGAGGAGCACAGGGUGGGAACCUUCAUUGUGGUAUAUCUAUAUGUACCAGAGGAGACAAACGUCAAGACGAUGCAUGAGAAAGUUGAUUUUCAUCUCAUUUUACUAGUGCUUGCUUGUUUGAUUUAGUUUAUUUUACGCAGCUGCAUGAGCGGGAUUGUGUUUGGUUGUCCAUGGGCGACACCUAAUGACUUAAUGUAUAUUGCACACAGAAGAAAGAAAAGAGGGCAAGAGGACAAAAAAAGAACUAUAAACCCCAAGACUGCACAUCCAUGUCGUUGUUUUUGGUGCCAAUAUUUGUGUUAUGAGUAAAUGUCAUGUACAGUACCCAUCUUCACUGAAAAAGAAUCCCAAUGGAAAAUAACAGGCAAAUGAAAAAUAAAUAUUGUAUUCACCUGGAUUAAAUUAUGCAAUUAAAUGCCGAACUAACCUUGUCUCACACCCCUCCAGCAGGUGGCAAAAUGUGUUUACUUGUGUCUGACCGAGAGUUCAAAUGUUUUACUCCUCCGUGCAACCGGAUACUGCCUUAAUUUUGUCGGUCCCGGGAAGAGGAGCUGUGUAGUUGCCUUGGCAGCAGCUAAUGGGGAUCCAUAAAUACAAAUGCUUUUGUCGCUGAUGCAGCACGUGAUGAAAACAACACAGCUAGCUAGCUAAUAAACUUGCAUUAUCUAAAAAUGUCUAAAAUACAGUUGAGGGGUUUUCUCAACGAGAGAUCAACAGCUGCUACUGAGGAGAUGUAAUGGUUAGUCAAAAAAAACGAUAGUAUCAGGAGGAAGUUGUUUUCAGAGGCUGCUCGACAUUGUUCUUCAACCAAAGAUAAAGCUAACGUUACACAGAGCAGGUUUGUUACUCACUACGCUUGUCUAACUUACCCAACCUAAAAUGUAUCGACAUUCGGGUAAUGUUAGUUUAAGUUGUUUUUGAGACGAGGUGUUGGGGUUAGUGUACCUAUUAAGCCCACGGACCCAUUAAUAUUUUUGCUUUAAAACGUAACCUUUAUUUAACUAGGCAAGUCAGUUAAGAACAAAUUCUUAUUUACAAUGACGGCCAA